AUGGGGCGGUUCCCCUUUUGUCUCCUUUUAAUUGUCUCCAUUAUGUUUAACCUGUUCCUUGCUCUAUCGGUCAUAGUACCAGCAACUGCUAACGUUGUUACCAUUCAAAUUGGUGUAGGAGAUGUAGACAGUACUGUCGCUGGACAGGUGAUUGGAUCUACGGGAUCCCUCACCUCAUAUGUGAUUGAUGAAAUCCCAGGUAUUAUCGUCAGUGGCGCAUCUACGUUCUACCAGACAUGGGUGUACCCUGGUGGAGACCCUUAUCCAUUAAGUUAUAUGUCACAAGGAUGCCAUGUUUUUGCACCUUCGUCCAUGGACUGCACAGUUUACAUGUCAGAAGCAGACUCAGGGUCGACUACGGUGUCACACAUACCCGAAAGCUCGUUAACCGAGAUUCGAGCUCUAGUCGUGAGUAUCACCGCCACAAACACUGGUGUGCGCCCGGAAACCGAGGUGAAAACGGUCACGGAUUCGGCGACCCCUGCGUCAACCACCGCUGAAGCAACCGAGGUUGGCAAAGCUGCAAAUACAACCUCGACUCCGAAUGGAGGCGUUGUGGCGACCACCUCGUCUGGUGCAGCUGCCCGUCUAGAUAGGUCGUGGAUUGGGAGCGCCUUCCAGGUUGUGUUGGCUGCUUUCUAA